UUUUUUUUGGAUGAAAUGUAAAUUUUAUUAGCACUCAAGAAAAAUAACAUAUCACAAUGUGUCGAAAAAACCCCCAAAAACAAUCUAUCUAAGUUUGUCAAGAUCACUAACCUGGAUAAUCAAAAUCAGAACAUAAGACUUGCACGGGACAGGCCCCAGCUAAGUUCAAAACAUUAGCAAAAACAAUCUCAAACCAAGCGAUCUACUAGAUAAUACCCGCAUUAUCUUUUAUUUUUCUUUCCUUUCGCCUUCCAUACUUCAUCAAGCUUUCUUAAGUCAAAUUUGAAAGGUAACCUCUCAUUUUCAUGCCUUUCCUCUUCGUCUUCCUCUUCAAAAGUCUCCCAACCCUCUUCUUUAUCAUCGCCCAAAACAGGCUCUUCUCUAUUCAAUUUCCUAGUAGGAGCCUUAGUAGAAGUUGUAUUCUGCCUGGCAGCCUUAGCAAGGGUUUCUGAAGGUACCACAGGCUUGGCAUUCUUCUUGCCCUUCUUCCUUUGUACUUCAACAAAUUCACCAGCCGGAUCCUUAGGUUCCUGCACAACAAUGGUCUUUGUCGUGGCCUGCUUACUGGCUGUAGCAGCCUCCAAUUCUGCUGGUACAACUUUGGCCUUUGUUGAGGGCUCCUUGGUGAUCUUGUUAGACUCAACUUCUUCCGGUUCUCUGCUUUCUGCCCUUUCUUUGGCUGCCAGUACACUACAAACAAACGGAUGGUGUCCAUAUUGCUUGCAAUGGAAGCAAUAAUUCGGGAAUGUUUCAUAUAAUACCCGCUGCUCAAUGGUUUUCCCUGAAGAUAUCCGGAUUGGAAAAGAGAGAGGGGGUGGCUUUGCGACGUCCACUUCAACCAAUACCCUAGCGAAGUUGUGGUUUGCCUUUUCAAGUGUUACCUUAUCAGUUGCGAGCGGAAUUCCAACCUUGGAUGCAACCUCGAUUAUAAUAUCCUCAUUCCACAAUCUCAAUGGGAGCCUUGGGAAUUUUACCCCAAAUUGUCACCUUCAAAAACUCAUCAUCUUCGAAAGAAAAAUCUUGAGAUAAAACCUUUAAAAUCAGUAGCUUUCCAUAUACUCCCUCCGUCCCGUAAUUAAGUUCCUAUUUCCUUUUUGGGAUGGUCCAUAUUAAAGUUCCUACUUCAAACAUUUCCUUAUUUGGCAAAUGAUUUACACCAAAACAGUGCCAAACAAUGCCAAACAGUGUCAAACAGUGUUUAAAUAGUGUCAAACAGUGUUCAAACAAUGCACUCUACAGUAAAGUCAAAUUUAUUUCUUAAUAUGUGUGAAGUCAAACUAGGAACUUAAUUAAGAACCGGAGGGAGUAGUACAUACGUCCCCUCAAUCAUAACCUUUGUCCUAUGGGCUUCACUUUGGAACUUAAACACAGCCCAACCCUUGUCAUGGGUUUGGACCUUACAGUGCACCCCCCAUCUUUCUGUAAAGCCAUAGAUUGCCUUUAAGCCCGGAAACCUUCCCGUAAAACAACCCACAAGGCAGUAGCCCCAAACAUCAACCAUUGAAGGUAGCACACGAUUUGAGAAGUCAAGAAUGUCACCAGUUGGAGGAAUGUACCUCAGUUUUAGCCCUACAGAUGGGGCUCGGUUGUCCCUAAACAGUGCAGACCAUUGCUUCUUUGGUGUAUUUGUUGUGGACGUAUUUGUAGUCCCUAGUGUUUCAGAACUAGCCUCACUGGUAACCUCCUCAUCACUGCUGAUAGCUUGGCCAGCAUUGAAACUGACCCUCGGAAGCAAGGAAAAAGCUUGCACGCCCCCCCCCCCCCACCCCCACCCCCACCCCCCGACCAGACUGUCUGGGUUUGCAGGGACGAUGAACAGUACCCAUAAGAUCCAAAGUGCUCAGAAAAAUAAAAUAAAAAUACCUGGAGGUGCUCCUGACGUAGGCGACCCCCAGACUGUAUUUAUUUUUGAGCUUCUGAUCCCGGAUCUGCCCGAAACAAUUCCUCAAAAGCGUUGACUUUGGAACUGUGAACAGUGCGCGACACCUGGAAGCGGCAAUCAACACCAAAUCAGCUCAAAGCUACACCAAUAGCUUCGUUUCUUGAUCGCGACCUCCAUACCAUGCUCCAAAUCCAGCUUGAAUCGUCAGUUUUUGAGCAGAAAUCAAAAGGGUAUGUGCAGGUGAACAGUAAUUUUCGGAAAUGACAGUUCAUUCCUUGCUAAAAUCGGCCUUCAAAACCCAAAUAACUCACAAAUCCAAGCACGACUAAGCAUUUAGGAAUGAUUCCUACCUUAGAUCGAGCAAAUACAAGCCAAAAAUUCGAAAAAGAACUCAAUCCAUGGCCAAGAAACUGGAGUCGUAAAACUGGCAUGCAUGAACAGUGAUUUACGAUUUUAGGGAGAGAGGCUCUCAACUUGACCAGUACCAUUAUUAAUUGGUAC